AUGGAACACAAUCACAGUCCGAAAAGACGCAAACUCGCUGGUGGCUUCCAUUCUAUACAGGAUGAAUCCACCGAAGACUUGAGACCAUCCAUGAAGCCGCAGCAUCCCUCGAAAGCCCGUUUUGCCAGAUCAUCCGACCGAAAUCAUGGCCGUGCUCAGAAUGCAAAGCCCCACCAGGAAGAGUUCGACGGACCCGAACCAUUCUUCAAUGAUGAGGAUACAGCAGCCCUGGAUCGAGAUUGGUAUGCAGGAGACGAAUUUGGGCAUACAUUCGGUGAUGAGACUCACAACCCGUUUGGUGGCGCCGAUGUGAUGUGGGCCGAUACACAACGUGAACAAGCACUGGCUAAUAAGAAACUGGGGAAACGCAUGACGGCGAAAGCAGCACAGAAACAAAAAGAGGUGGAUGCCUGGGAGGCGAACCGAAUGCUCACAUCAGGAGUGGCUCAAAGACGUGACCAAGUUCAGGACUUUGACGACGAAGACUCUGUCCGAGUUCACUUGUUGGUUCACGAUCUCAAGCCCCCAUUUUUGGAUGGGAAGACUGUCUUUACCAAACAAUUAGAGCCAGUGCCCGCGGUUCGGGAUUCUCAGAGUGACAUGGCCGUCUUCAGCCGCAAAGGAAGCAAGGUCGUGCGAGAAAAAAGGCAACAGAAGGAACGACAGAGGCAAGCACACGAGGCGACCCAUGUGGCUGGAACUGCCCUAGGAAAUAUCAUGGGUGUAAAAGAAGAUGAAGGGGAUAGUGCGGCAGCGGUCCCUGGGGAGGAUACGGGCAAGAGCAAAUUUGCCACCCAUCUCAAGAAACAUAGUGGUGGCUCAGCUUUCAGCAAAAGCAAGACUUUGAAAGAGCAACGGGAGUAUUUGCCGGCAUUCGCAGUCCGAGAAGAGCUCAUGCGAGUGAUUCGAGACAAUCAGGUCGUUAUCGUGGUGGGCCAGACCGGUUCAGGAAAAACCACACAGCUUACUCAGUUUCUGUACGAGGAAGGUUACGCCCGCAAUGGCUUGAUUGGAUGUACUCAACCUCGAAGGGUGGCUGCGAUGAGCGUCGCUAAGCGAGUGAGUGAGGAGAUGGAGGUUGAGUUGGGUGGGCUGGUAGGAUAUGCUAUCCGAUUUGAGGAUUGUACCAGUGACGAAACAGCCAUCAAAUAUAUGACUGAUGGUGUCUUGCUUAGAGAAUCCUUGACUCAACGUGAUCUAGACAAAUAUUCAUGCAUCAUUAUGGAUGAAGCUCAUGAACGUGCCCUCAAUACGGAUGUCCUCAUGGGCCUGAUCAAGAAGGUUCUCGCUCGUCGCAGAGACCUGAAAUUGAUCGUGACCUCUGCAACCAUGAAUUCGGAACGGUUUUCCCGGUUCUAUGGAGGUGCACCAGAAUUCAUCAUACCCGGCCGCACGUUCCCGGUUGAUAUCCAAUAUUCUCGCUCGCCCUGUGAGGAUUAUGUCGAUAGUGCCGUCAAGCAAGUCCUUGCCAUUCAUGUUUCGCAAGGAGCCGGCGACAUUCUCGUCUUUAUGACGGGUCAAGAAGACAUUGAAGUUACCUGCGAAUUGAUUGAGGAGAGAUUACGUCUUUUGGUCAACCCACCGAAAUUAUUGGUGCUCCCUAUUUAUUCUCAAAUGCCGGCAGAUCUCCAGGCAAAGAUAUUCGACCCCGCGCCUGCAGGCGUCCGGAAAGUCAUCGUGGCGACCAACAUUGCGGAAACUUCUUUGACGGUGGACGGCAUAAUGUAUGUGGUGGAUGCCGGUUUUUCGAAGUUGAAAGUCUAUAAUCCCAGAAUGGGGAUGGACACGCUACAAAUCACUCCGAUCUCACAAGCCAAUGCCUCGCAGCGAGCCGGACGAGCCGGACGCACCGGGCCCGGCAAAGCUUUCCAUCUGUACACAGAACAGGCUUUCAAGAAUGAAUUGUACAUCCAGACUAUUCCGGAGAUUCAACGAACGAAUCUGGCCAACACGGUUUUGCUACUCAAAUCUCUCGGAGUCAAAGACUUACUCGACUUUGACUUUAUGGACCCUCCACCGCAAGACACCAUCACCACUUCGCUCUUCGAUCUUUGGGCUCUCGGUGCACUGGAUCAUGUUGGAGAUUUGACAGCUAUUGGUCGAACCAUGGCAGCUUUUCCCAUGGACCCUUCUCUUGCUAAAAUGCUGAUCACUUCUGCCACCGAAUACGGUUGCAGCGAGGAAAUGCUGACGAUUGUCAGCAUGCUUUCCGUUCCAUCGGUGUUCUACAGACCCAAGGAAAGGCAAGAAGAAUCCGAUGCUGCGAGGGAAAAAUUCUUUGUCCAUGAAUCGGAUCAUCUCACGCUAUUGCACGUCUACACGCAGUGGAAAGGAAAUGGCUAUGCCGACGGAUGGUGUAUUCGACACUUUUUGCAUCCCAAAGCGUUGCGUCGGGCGAAAGAAAUUCGAGAACAAUUGCACGAUAUCCUGGUUGGGCAACAAAAGAUGGAGCUCGUGUCGUGCGGAACGGACUGGGACGUCAUCAGGAAAUGCAUCUGCUCAGGCUAUUACCACCAAGCCGCCCGCCGCAGAGGAGUGGGUGAAUACAUCAAUCUCCGGACAAGUGUCACCGUCCAGCUUCAUCCUACCUCCGCUCUGUAUGGGCUCGGAGAUCCCCCCGACUACGUUGUCUAUCACGAGCUGAUCCUGACCAGCAAGGAAUACAUGAGCUGUGUGACGGCGGUGGAUCCGCACUGGCUGGCAGACCUCGGUGGUGUGUUCUAUAGUCUGAAGUCAAAAGAGUACAGCGGAAAGGAGAAGCGGGUCAUCGAGAGCGAGUUCAACCGCAAAAUGGAGAUCGAAAGACAAAUGGCAGAGGAUCGAGCGAGGGAGGAGAGGAGGCGCAAGGAGGACGAGGAGAAGGAGCGGUUGCUGGCUGGAAGGACGAAAAGUAGCGGAGUGGUGAUGAAGAAGAUGGGAAGCAAUGGAGUAGUCAAGAAGCCGAUAGUCCCCAGGAGACGCAUGGGGUUCUAG